CCCGCAGUUAAAGACGAGCUCCCGAGGCGGUGAGAAACGAGGCGGUAACCAUUCCUAUUCAGAGUUUCGAAGCUUGCAUCAUGCCCGGAACUGCCAGAUUAUAUUAAACAACCACUUGUUAAAAGAGAUAAGUGUAACGUUACACAAUCACAAUUUUAAUGCAACAAUUUUCUAGUGGGAGGUCAACAAAUUUUGUUUGACGCUGCCCAUGUAGCUACACUAGUAGGAUUGUGCUGUGGAUACACCAGUGAAUGCUCCUCUCCAACAGAUUUGCUGAAGCAAGAAUAGAGACUAGCUGGCUGGCUACGCGGUGCGAGAAUGGUGUUAGCCUACACCGCUUUACGGGAAGAAAAUUAAUUCACCAUUCAAGUAUGUUACAACGGCAGAAGCAGUAAUACUAAUUAAAACUGUAGAUCUAGUGUUUUUUUCGCUACACAAUCAGCCCAGUGGAUAUCGAAAUAGGAUAGCUAACCAGCUAACAUUAGCUCCGGUUGCUAAAGUGAUUAGAGUAGCUAUCAGCCUUUGAGGCGUAAACAGAAACCCGUGACAGGAAGAGCCCGUAAUAUCUGCUCUUGCUGCUGUCGGAGCUUCCAUCGACCCUCCCAACUGAACCCCGUGAUCAACAAAACAGCACAACAGAGUGGAGGAAAAAUGGCGAGCGGGGAGGAGGCUGGACACCGCUCUGUUUCCUCCUCUUCGGUGGGCCUGGAGUCACUGUUCCCAGGCGAGGAAGGCGAAGAAGCUGGCGUGGAAGGGAGCCCGGAGCUCGUACAACUGCGGGAGCGACUUCAGGGUUGGCUGUCACCAUACGAGCCCGUAAUGUUGUGGAUGCAGCGGCUGCUGGUGUGGGAGAGGCCGCUGCACAGCAUCUUCGUUGCAUUUACCCUGAACACCGCUUUCUGGCUUCUGUCGUCCACGUCCGUGCGACCUGUUUUUCUCCUGAGUAUGGCUCUUCUUGGACUAGUGCUUCUGGACAGGUGGAAGCAUAAAUUGCCCAAUCUCACAGCCCAGUUUCCAGAGGCACCCGUCAGUCAAAGGGAGAGCGUGACGGUGCAGCCCCGGCUCCUCAGUGUUCCGGAACUCAGUCACCACCUGGCGGAGAGCUAUCUCACCUGCAGCUUGUACCUCCAGGAGGCGCUGCAGUACAAACGGCUGAACCACGGCAAGUUCUGUGUGGUGGUGUGUGCAGGCUGCGUGGUUCUGGCUGUUGUGGGGCAUUACGUACCAGGAGUUAUGAUUUCCUACAUCAUACUGCUGAGCGUGCUGGUUUGGCCCCUGGUGGUCUACCACGAGCUGAUCCAAAAAAUGUACACGGGGCUGGAGCCCAUCCUGAUGAAACUGGACUACAGCAUGAAGGGGGACACGCAGCCACACAAGAAGAAGGUGAAGAAGGAGUCGGAGGACGGGGCCGAGCCGCAGGUGGAGACGGAGAGCGAGAGCGAAGAGGAGCUGUCCUGCUUCGCCCCCACGGUGGACGCGAAGACCACCGCCCUGGCCAUGGCCAUCACCGACUCGGAGCUCUCGGACGAGGAGGCGUCCAUCUUGGAGAGCGGCGGGUUCUCCGUGUCCAGAGCCACAACCCCACAGCUCACCGACGUCUCCGAAGUCCAGGUCGUGUCUGUGAGUGCGUUCUCUGGCUGUGACGCUGCAGAUCUGGACGUGCAGAGCGUGCACAGCGAGCACGAGGAGGCCUUCUCCAGCGACCUGCCGGAGUUCCCCUCCGUGGAGGAGUUCUCCAUCGAGCAGAACCUGCUGCAGUUCCCCCUGCGGUCGGCCGCCCCGGACCGGGGCGAGGGGGCCGCCGCUGACCCCCCCGGGCCGGAGCCCCAGAGCCCCGCCAGCCUGCUGAUCCAGCACCUGGCGUCCCCGCUCCACUUCGUCAACUCGCACUUCAACGGGCACGGCCGGCAGGCGGGCGGGGCCGAGGCGGGCCGGCAGGCGGGCGGGGCCCAGGCGGGCCGGCAGGCGGGGGGGGCGACGGGCCCCAGCCCCGCCCUGGAGGCCCUGAGCGAGGAGAUGGUGAGCACGGCCAUCUCCAGUGUGGUGCGCAGCACGCUGUCCGCCCUGCUGCGCUCCAGCGAGGCCAGCGAGGGUCCCGCCAUCGCCGAGUUCCUGCCGGACGAGACCCCGCCGGCCCCCGAGGCCGAGCCCGAACCCGAGCCCGCGCCCCAACCCGAGGACCCCGCCGCCGAGGGGGCCGAGAAGGACCAGGCUGCGGACACGCCCACCGACACGCCCACUCCCGCCGACACGCCCACCCCCGCCGAGGAGGAGGACUUCGAGCUGCUGGACCAAAGUGAACUGGAGCUGAUGGACAGGGAGCUGGGCCUGAGCUCUGAGGGACAGGAAACUGCUGUAGCCCCGCCCACACAGAUAGCCCCUCCCACCCAGCACCCCGAGGAGUCCUAGCUUCCUCACUGCUUGUAGUUUCGUUUAUUUAUAGUAAUAUAUAUAAAAAUAUA